GGUUUUUUUUUAUUUUUUUAACUCCUCUGUGUCCCCCUCCCUGGCAGGAGCUCACAAUGACAGAGGAAACAUGCAGGACUCGGAGUCAGAAACGAGCCUUGGAGCGGGACGUGACCCCCAACGAUGUGGACAGUAAGAAACUCAAAAUGGAGAAAGGACUCUUGGGGACGGAGCUGAACUCUGAGGGAGACAUGAAAAUCAAGGCAGAGCCCGGAGCUGGCAAAGUGCAGGGACUGUUAAAGGCUGGAGAGGUGAAGGCGACCAUCAAGGUGGAGGUUCAGACGGGGGACGAGCCCGUGGACAUGAGCACCUCCAAAAGGAAUUCCCCAAACAAGGAACCCCAAAACAAGUGCUUCACUCCAGGAUUCUGCAGAAAGAGCAGCCCCGAGGAGCGGGAGAGGAUGAUCAAGCAGCUCAAGGAGGAGCUUCGGUUGGAGGAGGCAAAACUCGUCUUGUUGAAAAAGUUACGGCAAAGCCAAAUCCAGAAGGAGACCACGGCCCAGAAGCCCGCUGGUUCCUCUGGGAGUGCUGUCACCCCUCCGCCCUUGGUGCGGGGCCCACAGAGUGUUCCUGCUGGGAAACCCUCCCUCCAGACCUCUUCCACACGGAUACCAGGCACUGUGAUCCCUCCUCCCUUGGUCAGGGGAGGGCAACAGGCGUCUUCCAAGCUGGGCACUCAGCAGAACACGCAGAUCGUGAUGCCCCCCCUGGUCCGAGGGGCCCAGCUCCCACCUCCUGAAGGUGUCGGUCCCGGGGAUGAUCCGUGCCCGGAGCGCCCCAUUCCCACGGGGAUCAGGGGUGGGCUUUGCCCCUGCUGUGCCUCGUGUCCGUGUCAUUCCAUGACUCCUGUUCUCCCUUCUCCUCCCCGAUGCCCAGGCGGGGCUUUGCCCUUCGUCAGUCCCAGCUUAGCCGUGCACAAAUCGGCCUCGGCCGUGGACCGGCAGCGCGAGUAUCUCCUGGAUAUGAUCCCGCCCCGCUCCAUCCCACAGUCGGCCACGUGGAAAUAAUGCCCGGCGAGACUUGUCCUGUUUCUGCCAUCCUUUUUAUACCACAGUUCCGUGGAAUCUGCUUUAAUCCCAGCUGGAUACGCCCCAGGCUUUCUAGGAUGCAAGAAGACCACUCCUCAUCCCACCGAGUGCCGCCGUCCCUGCCGAGAGGAGUGACCCCCGCGGGUCCCGGGUUCCGACGGAGGCUGGCAGGGAGGGGAAGGAUUCCUUCGGGUUUUUUUGGCUUUCUGUAUUUAGUUUGGAUUUUUCCGUCACCAGCACAAAGGACUCAGUGACUUCUCUCCGCCUUUGGGUUCGUUCCCGGCGACAAACCCGGGCGACAAGCGCCGGGCCGCGCUCCAGCGUGGAAUUCGGGGGCCAGGAGGGAGGAAUUCCAGCCCCAUCCUGCAUUUAGUGAGCCGAGUUCGUGGCUGCUCCUCUUCCCUGCCCCUCCUCCAGCCAGGAAGGGAGUCUACACAUCCCGAUAUUCCCGAAAUCCCCUUCUGGUGGUGACGAGCUAACGAUAAAUGAGCGCGGACUCCGAUUCCAGUUGAGCACGGUCCUUUUCCCAAGGGAUUGGCUGCCACCAAAACUUGCCUGGUAGGUGGGAACCACGCAGGAGUCUCUCACUUUUGUUGGAUUCUGUUUUGGAAUAGACUUUGGAACCGUUGGUAGUUUAAAAACCUAAUUUACUGACUAGACAAAA